CGUAAUUUUUUAAAGCAGGUUUAUUUAACUGCUUUGGUGCCAAGUUUUUAAUCAGUGCUGUUAAUGUGGAUUCUGUAGGACAGUGUGGUCAGAAUAAGGUUGCUGGUCGCUGCUGAUCAUGAGUUCUGAAGAAACGGAGCAAACUAUAGUCGUGAAGACCGAGGCUGCAGCUACUGGCCCCGGCUCAGCUGAAGUGAAAGGAAAGUGGAAGUGUCCUGUGAGUGAUCGUCACAUCCAUAGAGAAGAUGUGAAGAAGGUUUGGAAAGAAUGCCAGGAGGAGAGCUUCUGGUACAGAGCUCUUCCCCUCUCCCUGGGUGGCAUGGCUGUAACUGGUGGUCUCAUCUACAAUGGUGUUUGGAAAUCAUCCAAGCGUUUUGGUCCAUUCCCAAAACUAGCAAUUGCUGGAAUCCUUGGUUAUAUGGUUGGAAAAGCAUCUUAUAUGGAAACUUGUCGAAGCAAAUUCAAAGAGCUCGGCAUUGGACCAGGACCCUGGGGUGAGGGAGGACGCCCUGGACCUUUUGGUCCUCCUGGACAAAUGUGGGGAAAACGAUCCUGCAACCAUGUGUGUGAAGAAUGUAAGAAAAAAUCUCCAGCAGCAUCUGCUGAACAAGCACAAGCCUAGAGCCUUGUCAAGAAGUCACUUUCUGCGUGGAUUUCAGUUGCACCUUUGUAAUAUCUUCAUACAGCAUCGAACAUGUUAUAAGUGUCGUUUAAUCUAUUCUCGAACUGUAUUCUGAUUUUGAGAGCAUAGUUGAAGUAAUACAUAAAACUACCACAAGGGGGCGGUAAUGUCUUUUCAAAGACCAUAGUCUGAAUGCAAUGUAGGACAAUACAUACAGAUUUAACCAUAUGGAUUUAACUGUAUUAUUAAGAUAUUCUUGCUCGAUUGCUAAACGGAACUUCACAUAUUAACACUGCAAAUCAGCCAAUUACAAAAACCCAUGUAUAUAAUACAAUACAAAUAAAUGCAUGCAGAAGA